AUGAGGGAUGAGAAUCAGACGUCCAGCAGCGACUUCACCCUCGUGGGGCUGUUCUCCUCCUCGCGAACCAGCCUGGUCUCCUUCUCCUCCCUGUGCGUCAUUUUCGUCCUGACCCUGGCAGAAAACGCCCUCCUGAUCCUGCUCAUCUGCAGCGACUCCCGCCUCCACUCCCCCAUGUACUUCCUGCUCAGCCAUCUCUCCCUCAUGGAAAUCUUGCACGUUUCCAACAUCGUCCCCAAGAUGGUCUCCAACUUCCUGUCUGGCACCAGGACGAUCUCCUUUGCAGGCUGUGGAUUCCAGGUCUUCCUGUCCCUCACCCUGCUCGGUGGCGAGUGCCUUCUCCUCGCGGCCAUGUCAUAUGAUCGCUAUGUGGCCAUCUGCCACCCCCUGCGCUAUGCCACGUUCAUGAGUGACAGAGUCAGUGUGCUGCUGGCUGCGGGGGCCUGGCUGGUGUGCACCCUCAACUCCACUGUGCACACAGCGUAUGCCCUACACUUUCCCUUCUGUCACUCAAGGGCCAUUGACCACUUCUGCUGGAACUCGCAAGCUCGAGUGGUAGCCAGCAUAUGCCUAAGAAGGAAUCCUGAAAAGAGGCCACUGCUACCUGUUUGA